AUGGCUCCACCUCCGCCGAUCGUAAUAGAUGCCCAGGCAGUCAGUGGUAUCACCGGGUCCAUUUCCAUCGCAUGCUGGAUUAUUGUCUUUGCUCCACAAAUUUAUGAAAACUUUAGAAGACAGUCAUCCGAGGGUUUGUCACUUACUUUCAUCAUUCUCUGGUUGGCUGGAGAUGUGUUCAAUGUGCUAGGUGCUGUUUUGCAGGGAGUUUUGCCCACAAUGAUUAUUCUUGCUGUGUACUAUACGUUAGCUGACAUCGUAUUGUUAUGGCAGUGUUUGGUGUAUGGAAACGGUGAACAAGCUGAUUUGAUCCAUUUGUCUCCAGCCAAUCCUAUAAAUGAAGACGUAUUGGAAACUGUAUUGUCACGUGAACAUCACCAACAUCAUCACCAUGAAAUCCAAGACUACACCACUGGAGCUUCUGUAGACUUGGAGGCUUCGAGUUCGGAGUCUUCUUCGAGUGCCUCAUCCUACAAACUUACUUCUACGCAAUCGGCAUUGAUUAAAUUCUUGAUGGUAGCACUUGUAAUUUUAUCCGGCUUGGCUGGCUGGUACAUUUCGUAUGUCAAGGAUGCUCGUCACAGACAGAAGCAUCCAGGCAAGGUCAGAAAGCCCGAAGAGUUGAUUUACGAUCCAUUGGCCCAAUUUUUUGGAUGGCUUUGUGCUCUUUUCUAUUUAGGUUCGAGAAUACCUCAGAUUCUUUUGAACUACAAGAGAAAGUCAUGUGAUGGCAUCUCGUUCAUGUUCUUCCUCUUUGCCUGUUUGGGUAACUUGACCUACGUGAUUUCCAUUCUUGCCAUCGACACUUCGUGGUACUACUUGUGGGUCAACUCGUCGUGGUUGGCUGGUUCCUUGGGUACGUUGGGCUUAGACUUUACUAUCUUUGUGCAGUUCUUCUUGUACAACGAAAAUGAUAAAAGUGAAGGAGAGUCCAGCGAAGAACAAUCGUUGCUCAGCAGUCAAGCUGGCUCCCAACAACUGGUUACAUAUGGAUCGUCCUAG